CAAGUCAAUAACAAUAAAUAAUAAAUAUUUAAUAACACAUUUUCAAUUUAUUUAAAGUUUUUGUGAAACACUGUUUUUUUUACCUAAAGAUGAAAAAUUUUGUUUUUUGAAUUUCUUACUAUCCAACAUACAUUUUAUAAACACAACAUUUUCUUUCACAACGGAUAUGGAAAACAUACUAGAAUCUGGUGGCUCUAAGCAACCAGUGACAGAUGAGGAACGUGAGCAACUUGCUAGACGUCUUGAUGAAGAUUUAGAUAAUUUUAUAGAUAAUCUACAGAAAACACCUUAUAAAGAUGGUUGGAAAGAAGAGACUUGGCGUGAGGAAAUGGAAAAACACCCAUUUUUUAUGACUAAGCCUCCUGAACCAGAAGAUCAACCAUCUCCUUUAGUCGAGGGCCUGCAAAAUCUUCGAUAUGAUCCAGAUGAUAACACUCCCGAAGAAUUGGCCACUAAACAUAAGGAUGACGGAAAUUUUAAUUUUAAGUGUCGUAAAUAUAAAUUAGCCAUAAUGUCAUAUCAAGAAGGCCUUAAAUUAGAUUUUCAAAAUAAUGAACUCCGUGCUCAAAUGUUCAAUAAUAUGUCUGCUUCACAUUAUUUUUUAAAAAAUUUUAGAUCAAGUUUGACAGCUGCUGAACAAGCGCUCAAAUUGAAAGCAGACUAUGAAAAAACCAUAUUAAGGGCCAUAAAUUGUUGCAUUCAGUUGAAAGAAUUUGAUAAAUGUUUAGAUUUUUGUGAUAAAUAUUUGGAAUUUGUACCAGAAGAUAAUAAUAUUAUAAAAAUUAAAAAAGAAGCGAUCAAAUCUAAAAAAAUCAUGGAGAUGGAAAAAAGAAAAGUUACAAAGAUUCAAAAACAAAAAGAAGCGGAUCAAGCAAGGUUGUUAUUUGAGCUUAAUAAAAGACAGUUGCACAUAAUUGGCAAAAAUGAUGGUCCGAUUAAAGAAUUAGCAACACUUGAUCCAAGAGUGCCUGGUUUAAUACAGCCAGUACAUUUAGUCGAAAAUCGUCUUGUGUGGCCAGUUGUUUUUUUAUAUCCUGAGUAUAAAACUUCUGAUAUGAUCCAAGAGUUUUAUGAAGAUUCUACGUUUUAUAUUCAUUUAAUAGAAAUGUUUUCUGAAAGACCAGAAUGGGAUAUUGAUGGAAAAUACAAUGCGGAUGUUGUAAAUGUUUAUUUUGAAAUUGUAAAUGAACAUAAAACUGGCACAAAAGUUACAAAAAUAGAUGUAAAAUCAUGCACAUUGUUUGAAGCAUUGACAUUACUAAGAUGUCCAAUUGACAAUGGAACACCAGUGUUUUUGAUUUUUAUUGCCGGAAGUCAGUUUGAGAAAGAAUUCUUAGCAGAAGUACCAUAAUCAAUACAAAUAUAGUAAAAUUGUCUAUUACUUUGGUUUAUUUUCAUUAUACUAUUAUUUAUUGUUUAAAUGUUGUGUUUUACUACUUUGUGUAAUAUAAACUUGGAAGUAUGAGGAUUUUAUGUUAAAUGUUUAGAUGUCAAUACCUGUCCAUUUCCAUGUUUAGUCUGCGGUUAAUAAUGCUGCUAUAAAGAUACAUACUAGGAAAAAUAUUGUUGUUUAACAUGUUUGUUACAAAAUGUUUUAUGA